GAGAAAUGGCCAUAUUUAGUAAAUGAGUUAGUUAGAGUUUUAAAACCGGGUGGAUUUGUAGAAUUUUCUGAACCUUCUAAAUUGUUUGAUUUAGGACCAGCAACUCAACAUUUCCAUGAUGCUGAAGUUGAAAUAUUUGAAAAACAAGGCUUAGAUGAUGAUAUAUAUGAACAUUUAGAUGGCUAUGUACAAAACCAAGGUCAAUUAGAAAAUAUUAAGAAAGAAGUAAAACCAUGUCAUUAUGGUAUAAAGUCUAAUAAUAUCAAGCUUAGUGAAGUGGCUAUCCGUAAUUUUGUUACCGCAUAUGCAA